AUGUCCGGUAUCCGCAUUGCCAUCGACCGCGGCGGCACCUUCACCGACGCCUGGGCCUCUCUCCCCUCCGACCCGCACAACCACCUCGUCUUCAAAACCCUCUCCGUCUGUCCAGACGAAUACCCCGACGCACCCACAGAAUGCAUCCGGCAAAUCCUCGAGCACGCCACAGGCCGGCCCAUCCCGCGCGGCACGCCCUUAGACUUGACUCCUAUCGAGUCCAUCCGGAUGGGCACGACGGUGGCUACGAACGCGCUGCUUGAGCGAAAGGGGGAUCGUGUGGCGUUUUUGACGACGAAGGGGUUUGGGGAUACGUUGUUGAUUGGGAAUCAGACGAGGCCGGAUUUGUUUGAUUUGUCGGUGAGGAGAUUGGGGCAGUUGUAUGAGACUGUUGUGGAGGUGGAUGAGAGGGUCACGAUUGAGGGGUUUAGUGAGGAUCCGGAGCCGACGCCUAUCAAUGUAGUGUCUGACCCGGCGUUGGUGAUGGGCCAGACCGGGGAGGUUGUCCGGAUUCUGAAGAAGCCGGACCUAGAGGUCGUCCGGGCGGAUUUGCAGCGGCUGAAGGAUCAAGGCUUCCGUAACGUGGCCAUCGGGUUUAUGCACUCGUACACCUUCCCAGAGCACGAGCUCGCCGUCGCCAAACUCGCAGAGGAAAUGGGAUUCCGGACGUCGGCGUCAAGCGCGCUGCAGAGCAUGGCCAAGUUUGUUCCGCGCAGUCAGUCGGCUGUGGCGGAUGCGUAUUUGACGCCUAUGACGCAUGCCUAUCUGGAGAGCUUCAGGAAGGGAUUCAAGGGGAUGUUGGAGGAUGAGGAGAGUGCGAAUAAGCUGUUGAUUUGUCAGAGUGAUGGCGGGUUGACAAGCUGGAGGAAGUUUACCGGCUUGAGAGGGGUGUUGAGCGGGCCUGCAGGGGGUGUUGUUGGGUUGGCAAGGACGUGUUAUGAUGAGAGAGACGGGACGCCGGUGUUGGGAUUUGAUAUGGGCGGCACAAGCACAGACGUAGCGCGCUACUCAGGUGCCCUCGAACACAUCUUCGAAAACACCCUCGCCGAAGUAACCAUCCAGACGCCCCAGCUCGACAUCAACACCGUCGCAGCCGGGGGCGGUUCCAUCUUAACCUGGGAAGCCGGCCUACUCCAAGUCGGGCCCCACAGCGCCGGCGCUAACCCGGGCCCGGCCUGCUACGGAAAAGGUGGUCCCUUGACCGUCACCGACGCCAAUUUCUUGCUCGGCCGCAUCAUCCCUGAUUUCUUCCCGCGCAAGCUGGAUUUGGAUGUGGUCAAGGCCAAAUUCCAAGCGCUCGCAGAUACGGUGAAUCAGGAUAAGACCAAGGACGGGAAUGCUGGAGAGCCGUUCACCCCCGAGACCCUCGCGCUUGGCUUCCUGUCCAUCGCCAACGCGACCAUGACCCGCCCGAUCCGCACGCUCAGCGAAGGCCGCGGGUACGGUGCUGCGAGCCACAACUUGGGUUGUUUUGGUGGCGCUGGUGGGCAGCACGCAGUGUUUGUCGCGCGGGACUUGGGGAUCAAGCGGGCGAUUCUGCCGCGGUACUCGAGUAUCCUGUCCGCGUAUGGCAUGGCGCUGGCGGACGUCGUCGUUGAGAACCAGGAGCCGGUCGCGUUGGUCUUUGGGGAGGAUGCGCUACCUGAGCUAAAGGCGAGGUUGGCGGCUUUGGAGAAGAGGGGGGCCGCUGAUCUGGAAGCGCAGGGGUUUGCUGCUGGUGCUGACGAAAAAGAGAGCAUGGUGCAGCACGAGUGCUUUCUCAACAUGCGCUACCAGGGCAGCGACACGGCGCUGAUGAUCCCGCAGCCAGAGUCGGUCGACGGGAAGAGCAGCAUGGCUGGGUUCGGGGACGCCUUCACAGCCCGUCACGCGCAGGAAUUCGGCUUCUCCCAGUCACGCGAUAUCUUAAUCGACGACAUCCGCGUACGCAGCGUGGGCAAGUCGCGCGUGCUGCACACGUCCAGCCCCUUUGAGGACCUCAAGACGUACCAGACCGACGGGCUCACCCCCACGCCGACGCCGCUGUUCCGAAGGCGGAUCUUUUAUGAGAACCACGGCUGGGUCGAUACCAGUGUGUACCAGCUGAAGAGUCUGCGGCCGGGGGUGCAGAUCCAGGGGCCGGCAAUGGUUCUCGACAAGACGCAGACCAUCGUGCUGGACCACGCCAGUCGCGCGGUCAUUCUUCCGGAACAUGUCGUUCUCGAGGUCAGCAAAGAAACCAAGGAGACCGAAAAGCAAGAAACCGACCAAACAGUUGACCCCGUCCAACUCAGCGUCUUCGGCCACCGGUUCAUGACCGUCGCCGAACAAAUGGGCCACACCAUGGAAAAGACCUCGAUCUCCGUCAACAUCAAGGAACGCCUCGAUUAUUCUUGCGCCGUCUUUUCAGCCGACGGAGGCCUGGUCGCCAACGCCCCGCACAUCCCUUCCCACUUGGGCUCCAUGUCCACCGCCAUCGCCUACCAAGCCCAACUCUACAAGCCCGGCGAACUCCAACCGGGCGACGUGAUCAUCAGCAACCACCCCACUGCGGGCGGCACCCACCUGCCAGAUAUCACCACCAUCACCCCCGUUUUCGACAACGACGAAAACCCCCAGGAGAUCCUGUUUUUCGUCGCCAACCGCGGCCACCACGCCGACGUUGGCGGGAUCGCCCCGGGGUCCAUGCCCCCCAACUCUACGGAGCUUUGGCAAGAAGGCGCAGCCAUCGAGUCAUUCAAGCUCAUCAAGCGCGGGGUCUUCGACGAAGAAGGGUUGUACGAGCACCUCUACACCCGGCCGGCGUCCCACCCGGGCUGCAGCGGCACCCGCACGUGGAGCGACAACGUCGCCGACUUGAAGGCGGCGGUCGCGUCGAACAACAAGGGCAUCCAACUAAUCCGGGCGCUGAUUGAUGAGUUUGGCUGGCCGACGGUGCAGUUGUAUAUGAAGGCGAUUCAGGAAAAUGCGGCGCAAGCGGUGCGGGAGUUGUUGAAGGGGUUUGCGCGGAAGUAUGAGGGGGGAGUCCUCGAAGCGGAGGAGAGGAAUGAUGAUGGGAUUGUGUUCAAGUUGAAGGUGACCAUUGAUAAGGACACGGGCGAGGCGGUGUUUGAUUUUACAGGGACGGGGGCGGAGCACUCGGGGAACUUGAAUGCGCCCCCGACGUGUUCGUAUUCUGUUAUCAUGUACUGCCUCCGCUCCCUAAUCCCCACCUCCAUCCCCCUCAACCAAGGCUGUCUCCAACCCAUCCGCCUGGUCUGCCCCCCCAACACCAUCCUCUCCCCUUCCCCAACAGCCGCAACCGUCGGCUGCACAACCGAAACCUCCCAAAAGCUCGCCGACCUCAUCCUCCGCGCCUUCCACGCCGCUGCUGCCUCCCAAGGCACCAUGAAUAACCUCACUUUUGGGUAUGGUGGGACGGACCCGGCUACUGGGAAAGUCACGAAAGGGUUUGGGUAUUACGAGACGAUUGCUGGUGGAGCUGGGGCUGGUCCCACAUGGCACGGCGCGAGCGGGGUGCACACGCAUCUCACAAACACCCGGAUCACGGAUCCGGAGAUCUUGGAGAAGAGAUACCCUGUGUUGCUGCAUCAGUUCUCCCUGCGAAAAGGCUCCGGAGGCAAAGGUCGGUUUAAGGGAGGAGAUGGAUGUGUGAGGGAGAUGGAAUUCCGCGUGCCGUUGCAGGUGUCGGUGUUGAGUGAUAGACGGGUGACGGCGCCGUACGGGAUGGAAGGUGGCGAGGAGGGGAUGAGGGGGGAGAAUAUUUGGGUGAGGAAAGAUGGGGACAGUGAAAGGAGGGUUUCGUUGGGGCCGAGAAAGACGACGUGGGUGGGGAAGGGAGAUCGGAUUGUUAUUCUGACGCCUGGUGGUGGAGGGUGGGGGGUCGAAGGCAGUGAAGAGGAAGAGGCAGUGGCAGAGAAGAAGGGGGUGAAGGGGAUGGUAGGGAAUGGGACGCUGGGGAUGAGGGCGAGCGUUGCUACGGGCAAUUAA